UCUUUUCAUAGAGAUGGUCACCCAGUACUUCCAAAAUCCAGGAGCCCAGAUAGCUCAGAUUCAUGGUCAAAGAAAGCUAAUGGCUGCUCACAUGGUGAUCCCUGUGAUAAAACAGGAAAGACAACUGAUGCCUAUGGGCCCAAGGUCAAUGGCAACAGCAUCAUAGGACCUUCUCAUGCAAACACAGAAAAUAAUAUCCAUCAUACGAAGGGACAAUUGAAUCUCACAGGGUCUGGAGAUGCCCCUUCACUUGGCUUUGCUGCUCAGAUAUCAGAUGUUUCUAAACACAGUGACAAAUCAGAAACAGAGGUUCCAGAUGAUGAAUAUUAUGAUGAAGAUGAUCACAAUGAAGUAGUCCAGUAUCUGUUGGAUGUUGUAGAUGAGGAAGCCCAGAACCUAUUAAAUCGUAACAAUGCAACAUCAGAGGCCCAGAGCCUUCUGCACAUCAGGAAGGCCACAUCAGAAGAUCAUCUGACAGUGGAGAUGAAUGGGAAACUGGCAGAAGAUAAGUCUGAAGACACAGACUGUGAUGGCUCGUCUUUACCUGAAGAUUUUUCAGAGCCCAUGCACAUAAAUGGUUGUGAAGACCAUGGUGAGGAAGGAGCUGUGCCAGAAAGAUCUCCUCCACAACCUCCCUCGAGUCAAGCAGAUGAAGACGAAAUCACGUGGGGAAGUGAUGAAUUGCCAAUUGAAUCAAUCAGCCAGGAAUGCGUAAAUAAAGAUCUCCCUCUGGUGACAAAUGAAGAGAUUUCCACGCUGCGUGCUGUGAGUGUGCUCCCUGGUGGCAAGUACUGCGGAGCGAAGCUGAAGGCGGCCAUCAGGGUACUGCGGGGACUGCUGGAACAGGGGGUUCCUUCCAAGGAGAUUGAAAAUCUUCAAGAGUUAAAACCAUUGGAUCAGUGUUUGAUUGGACAAGCAAAGGAGAACAGGAGGAAGAACAGAUACAAAAACAUCCUCCCUUACGAUACCACCAGAGUUCCUCUUGGCAGUGAAGGUGGAUACAUCAAUGCCAGCUUCAUUCGCAUGCCGGUGGGGAAUGAGGAGUUUGUCUACAUCGCUUGUCAAGGACCUCUCCCCACUACUGUAGCAGACUUCUGGCAGAUGGUUUGGGAGCAAAACUGUACUGUGAUUGCCAUGAUGACUCAGGAAGUUGAAGGAGAGAAGAUAAAAUGCCAACGCUACUGGCCAGAUGUGCUCCAUAAAACCACCAUGAUAACAGACAGGCUGCGGCUGGCUCUUGUAAGGUUUCAGCAGCUGAAGGGCUUCAUCAUCAGAGUGCUGGAGCUAGAAGAGAUCCAGACAGGUGAGGUACGGCACAUUUCCCACCUGAACUUCACAGCCUGGCCUGACCAUGACACCCCUUCUCAGCCAGACGACCUGCUGACGUUCAUCUCCUACAUGAGGCACGUGCACAGAUCAGGACCCAUCGUUACACACUGCAGUGCGGGCAUUGGCCGCUCAGGGACCCUGAUUUGUAUCGAUGUGGUUCUGGGGCUUAUCAGCAGAGACCUCGAUUUUGACAUCUCGGACCUGGUGCGCACAAUGCGUCUGCAGCGGCACGGGAUGGUGCAGACAGAGGAUCAGUACAUCUUCUGCUAUCAAGUUGUCCUGUAUGUCCUGAAUCAUCUCCAGCACGAAGAAGAGAGGCAAAUGAAAUCCUGAACUGGAAGUGCUUUUAAAAUAAGGAUGUGAGGAGACCUGAAGGCUCUCACCUGUUCUUUGUUCUGCCAAUGCUAUCAAAGUCCUUUUCUUCAGCUGCUGUCAAAUGUUUUCUCUAUCUGUCUCUGUGUGUCACUGCAGAUACAUAGUGUAUGGACAAAGGAGAGCUCAUACCAUACCACUGGUGUCUUCAGCUCAUGGACACAGCUGUGAGAUAUUUGUAUAACAGUAAAUAAUAUUUAAUAAAGCUGCAUUUUUUUGCAGCUUCCUUAAUACAUGAUUAAGUACUCAAAUAAAAAUAUUUUAAUGAAAAAAAUGAAAAAAAGUAAUGUUAAAAUACUCCUGCAGCUUUGCAGCUGCUCUGGAGUAUUUGUUUCUUAGGGUGUGGGAUAAAGCAGUAUUCUUGUCCUGGCAAAAUUUAUUACCAUGCCAUUUUAAUGGUCUCUUUUAAAAGCUUGUGUAUGGCAACAGAAUGUUUUGGCCUUUUAGUACAGUUGGAGCUAUUUUAUAGAGAGUAUCUUAAAUCAGUAUUUAAGCUUUAAGAGCUGCCUGUUAGUGUAAGGAUAGUGGUGAGUGUUUACUGUAAGUAUCACAGUUAACAAUGUUUACUUGAUAGAGUUCCAUGUAUAUAUUUAUAUACUUUUACAAAAAAAAAAAAGAAGUUGAAUUAUCAGAUGUCUAACUUUAUAACUUAUUAGGCAUCUCUACUCUGUAAAUAAAAAUACACUUAAAAGCCA